GCACACUGCUUUGGAUGGCUGUGCUGUACACAGCCAUCCAGAGCAGUGUGGCUGAGCCGACAAGGAGGAGGACUGUUGAUAAACAAAACAGCCCUCCCCGUUGGAGAUCCUCAGUAAUUACCAGGCGCCAGCUUAAUCACCAGCCAGGACCGGUGCCAUUAGUACAGUGUCAGUGCUUUUUAUUAGCACUGAUCACUGUAUUGGUGUCACUGGGGAUGUCAGUGAUACCAAAUCAGUUCCACCCAGUGUCAGAAUGUCCUCCGCAGUCCCGCUAU